AUGGCGAUGAAGCAUUUACUGACCUUGGCUCGAAGGUCGCAGAGACGUUUAUGUCUCAAUCAAGCGAUACGAUCGGCUUCUUCAGCCGUGGCCGCCGUUUUUUCUCCGUUUACAUCUCCGGCGACUCCUUCCCCUUCUCCAUUCCCUCAUGUUAUUAUGCCUUACGACGAAGCUUCGGAGACUGUGAAAUCGAAGCUGAAAAAGCUCGAGAAUCCAGACACGAGAUUCCUCAAAUACGCUUCCCCAAACCCAACACUUGCUUCCCACGAUCAUAUCUUGGCUGCACCGGAGACUCGUGUUACCACUUUGCCCAAUGGCCUUUGUAUAGCCACUGAGUCUAAUCUCUCGGCGAAAACCGCAACCGUCGGGGUUUGGAUUGACGCCGGAUCGAGGUUUGAGUCGGAAUCGACAAACGGUACGGCUCAUUUUCUGGAGCAUAUGAUUUUCAAAGGUACUGAGAGGCGAACCAGGAGUGGUUUGGAGGAAGAAAUUGAGAACAUUGGUGGUCAUUUGAACGCGUAUACAUCGAGGGAACAUACUACAUUUUACGCUAAAGUGUUGGAUACGAAUGUGAAUCAGGCGUUGGAUGUGUUGGCUGAUACCUUGCAGAAGUCUGAGUUUAAAGAGGCGAGUAUCGAACAUGAGCGAGGCGUGAUUUUGAGGGAAAUGCAGGAGGUUGAGGGAAAAACAGAGGAAGUUGUGUUUGACCAUUUGCAUGCAACUGCCUUCCAACAUACACCUCUGGGAAGAACUAUAUUGGGACCUCCCCAGAAUAUCAAAUCGAUCACCAGGGACGAUCUUCAGAACUAUAUAAAGACUCACUACACAGCUUCCAGGAUUGUUAUUGCUGCUGCAGGAGCUGUCAAACACGAGGAUAUCGUUGAGCAAGUGAAGAAAUUAUUUACCAAGUUGUCCACUGAUUCAACAUCCACUUCUCAGUUGGUCGACAAGGAACCUGCCAAUUUUACAGGCUCUGAGAGUUCGCCAUCUUGGAAAGAUCCGGAUUGUGUUUCUCUUAUGGUUAUGCAAACUAUGCUGGGAUCAUGGAAUAAAAGUGUUGGUGGGGGCAGACACAUGGGCUCUGAGCUGGCCCAGAGAGUUGCCAUUAAUGAAAUAGCUGAAAGCAUAAAGGCAUUCAACACCAACUAUAAGGAUACUGGUCUUUUUGGCAUUUAUGCCGUUGCUAAGCCUGACUGCCUGGAGGAUUUAGCAUAUGCCAUUAUGUAUCAGGUAACCAAGCUAGCUUAUCGUGUUUCAGAAGAUGAUGUCACACGUGCACAGAAUCAGCUGAAGUCUUCAUUCUUGUGUCACUUGGAUGGAACUACUCCAGUUGCUGAAGAUAUAGGUCGUCAGUUGCUGACAUAUGGUCGUAGAAUCCCAACUGCUGAACUAUUUGCAAGAAUCGAUGCUGUUGAUACUGGUGCGGUGAAACGCGUUGCCAACAAGUACAUCUAUGACAAGGACAUUGCGAUCUCAGCCAUUGGUCCGAUCCAAGGAUUACCAGACUACAACUGGUUCAGACGCACAACUUACUGGAACCGCUACUGA